AUGCCACCCAAAAAAGAGGAAAUCGAUUUGAAUGCCCUGCCUCCUCUCAAGCAUCUGUGUGUCAGUAUUAGAAUUGAAGCAGCCAAAUCACGAGCAACCAAACUACUCAAUUUGCUUAAAACUUGCAAAUCAUUUUAAAAGAAUAUUCAAAGAGAUGAGAUUCUAGCGUUUUGCAAAGAAAAAUAAUUGUAUGUCGAUCCUGCCACCUUGACUGACAAGUAGAAGAAGGUAAACUAGUUCAAUAUUUAGGAUCCCAAAUUCAUGGCUGAAGUUGCAACUGAACUUACAUCUGAAGUUAUGAAUAAAGCAUUUCAGUUGUUCAUUCAAGAUCAAGUCCUUGCUGUUAGAAAAGCUAAAUAUUUGGCUGCCCAAGCUUAAGCUGCUGAAAAAGCUGCUCCUCCCAAGAAAGACGACAAGAAAGAUACCAAAAAAGGAGCCAAAGAACCUCCAGCAGUUGCACCAAUUGUAGAGCCAGAAAAGGUUGUUCCAGAGAAAGAGUACCCCAAGAAUUUCGAUUUGGUUUUCAUUGUCCAAGGUUUUCCCCAAGUACCUCAAGAGCAGAUAGAAUUAAUUAUACACGUGAAGGAGAGAGUAAUAAAUUGGGGUGGGGUUGAUAUAAAUCAAAUUGAACAACCUGAAGAAUUCCAAGAUGAUUUCGAAAAAAGAAUGGAAGAUUUUGUUCCACCACCUCCAAUCAAACGUCAAUACUCAGAAGAGUCACUUAAUUAUGCUGCCAGCGAAAGAAGUGUUAUUGACGAAUUUAAAUCAGCCAGAGCCUCAUCCCUACCAUCAGAUCCAUUAAGAUAAUUGACUAUCAAGGAACUUAUUUUGGAUAUGGAUCUAGAUGCUGAAGAAGAAACCAUUAAACAAUUCUAUGAAACCAUCUUCGAAGAAAUUUGUUAAUUCAGUAUUGACCAACAAUAAUAUGCCGAAUGGAUAGCCAAUAAGAAACCCAUCCCAUUAAUUAACAAAGAAGCUCCAAAGGAUCCCUUCGAUCUUGAAGUUGAACGAAUCAAGCAUGAAGCACAAUUGGCUGAAGAACAGUAGAAAGCAGCAGAAGAGGCUAUCUUGGCUGAGAAAAAUAAAAAGGGAGCCAAGAAGGAACCCAAAAAGAAUGAAGCUGAAUUAGAAGCUGAACGACAGGCCGAAGCUGAGAAACAAAGAUUAAAUGAACUUAAAAAAUAGUAAAUCCAGGAUGCCAUUGAUUAACAAUUAAAGAUGAAAACUAAAUUGCAUCUUUAAUAUUAUAAGAGAUAAUUAUCAGAUGUCCAAUUAUAGAAAGUGGGACCAGGAACUCUAUUAGAAUGCUUGUUGGAUUAAUUACAAGCCGAAUCCACGUACUUGACUAACUCCUAAAUUCCUCCCAGUCUUGAGGAUUAAGAUGACUCAGAUUAAGUUAGCAGGAUUUUGGCUGGUUUGAAAGGUUAGGGGAAUGAAUCAGUAAAAAAUAGGAAGUAGGAGCAAGUCACAGAAUCCCCUAAACAAUUGAUAUUAGAUGAAUGUGAUUGGAUUGAAAUGAGAGCUUACUUUGCUUCAUUGCAUGAUCAAUAAUUGGUUGUGGAUAGAGAACAUAAGAUAUUUGAUAAUCUUUGUUACCCAGGAAUAGAUAGAUAGGGAAUGCCUGAGAUUCCAGAGAAAUCUGAAAAAAUGAGAAAAGCUAUUAAGGCUAAAUUGCAUCCAUUUGUUAAUGUUGAUGUCAAUGAAUUUGAGAGAAGAUAAUUACUAUUGCAAUUUGAAGAGUUGCUUAAGGAAAAUGAACCUGAAAAAGAAUGGCAUUUUGGUGAUAGAAUUUAUAUGGAGAGACACAAUAGAAAUACCUUGAGGUAGAAGUUCUAUGAAGCUCUGUUGAAUGAUCCAUAAGUCAUUAUGAAAUAUUUGCCAGAUGACGAUGCUCUUAUGAUAUGUUGCUAUUAUAAGAAUCCUCCUGGAAGGACUUUAAGGAAGAAAUGGUCGGCAGAAUGGAGAGUGCUGCCUAAUCUUGAAUAUUACAUUUAAGUGAGGAAUUUCAAUAGUGAUUACUUUUAUGAUAUAGACUAUCAGAAGAUAGGAGCAAUUACAGAGAGAUGCAAAGUUAUGUAUCCGACAGAUAACUCAUUAAUUUUGGCUACGAAGUUCACAGUUGGAGAAGAAGAGCGACUUCGAUAUAGAGUGAUCAAAGAGAAUAUUGUCUUUGGUAUUUAAUGUGGAUUUUAUGCAUAAUUCAAGGAAUCAAGAAUGAGUGUUCAAGAUCAAAUCAUGAAUUUGACUUUUAAAAAUGGUUUAUGUUUACGAUUUACACAGAUGGGAGAAGUAGUUUAAUAAUAUCAUUAUCAAAAAGCCUAAGAAUCAUCCUAACACUAAUUUAAUCUCUAUGACAAUACAGAUAUCAAUUCAGAGCAGGAAAUUAAAAGAGUUAUCACUGGUCAGGGAUCAGUGAUUAUAUAUAAGAAGGAUGGUUCCAUAAUAAUAUUGUAUUCAAAUGGUAAUGUUUCACAUUAUAAAAAUAAUAUGUGGAUUACAACUAAUAACAAAGGUUAUAGAUAGUCACCAAAGGGAGUAGAUAAAAUACCAUGUGCAAUUAGAACAGAUCCUGAAAGUGGAUCCAAGGUUUACAUUAGAGAUGAUCAAACCCUAAUUAUAUACUACAAAGAGGGUUACUAGUACACUUAACAUUAAGACGGAACAAUAAUGUUAAUUAAAGGAGAUAAAAUCAUAGUGGAACAUCCAAAUUUUGCAAGCGUAGUUGUCACCAUUGACAAAGCCAAGCAACGUUCUGGAACUAUCAUGAGAAAAAACAAUGUAACUGUUGGUUUCGAUAACAUCAUUGACCGAAGCUUUGAUGGCAGAAUUGUUGAGACAUUUUAUCAAGGAUGCAAGGUGAUUUCAUAUCUUGAGAAGUGCGAGAUACCAGAUUCAAAAUAAUACAAAACUAAUCGAAUUCAUCUUCUGUAUACCUAAGAUGGAGGUGUUAGCAAAUGUGUUGCUGAUGGAGAAGUAGUUAUUAUCACUGCAGAAGAGAGAGUUAAAUUAAAUAACAAAGGUGAGAAAAGACAGUUAGGUUAAGACAUUGAUUAUUGGGUAUAAUUGUUUUCUUUGCCUGAUGAAAGAAAGUCAGGGGUCUAUACCGUAGAUUUGGAGAGAAAAUGCAUUUUCACUAGGGAUGAGGAAGCUAACUACUUCGAAAUUGACGAAGAUGGUCACGUCGUUACUAAAUUAUCUACAGCUGCAGCAUAGAAUUAGGAACCUUACACUCCUGAUUAAAUUCCAGAUGGCAUAUUUGUAGACGAAGAAAAUAAAGUUCUACCUACUCCUAAGUAAUGGAUUCCUCCUAGAUUGUUCUUGGUCAGAAAUGACAACACAGGCAUUGAACUUUAUAAUUAAUAACAAUUGUAGGAUUACUUUAGAUUAAAAUCAGAAAACGCUUUUACCACUAAAAUAACUGAAGACAUGCCUAAUAAUGUCAAAUCGAUAUCUUUCAUUACUGAGUUGAAAUAAUAGAAUAAGAAAUUCAUAGAUGUUAAGAUUCCACAGACUUUGGAUAUAGUGCCUAAAAUCAUACAAAAGACCACCAUUAUUGCUCAUAGGGUGUUUACUUUUCGUAAUUUCCUGGAAUAUCCACCUUUUGAAAAGGAAGAGAGAAUUCAUCAUGAACUUUCUUUACAGAAAUUUGAAAUUUGGCAAAAGAACAUGUUAAAAACCUAGAAUGAAUUUGGAAUACUGUAAAAGUCAGAGGAGGAAAAAGAAAUUGAAUUUACAAUUUAAAUGAAAAUAUUAGAAAGCAGAAGAACUGACUAUUCAACUGAAUCAUAUGAUUAAGCGAAGAGCAAAAUUUAGAUCCCAGAGCAAUAGAUUACUUCAGUUGAGCCCUUGGAACAAACUCUUCUCAAAAGUGCUAGAGUUUAAUAGACUGUUUAAUAGGCGUUUGUUGAUUUAUCAAGAAAAGCAUAGACUGUUUAAAUCUAAAAGUAAUCCAAACCUUUCACAGAAGUUAAGGGAUUUGCAAUUCAUUAUUUUGAAACCAGUGAGGGUCUCGAUUAUUUGAAAUAAGCUCCUGAAGACCCCCCCAUAAAAAAACAAAGAUAAAAGGUAGUUUAAAUAAAUGAAGAACCAUAAUAAUUAUAGCUAAUUGAGUAAUUUGACCAGCAACCAGAAGGCAUUGUUCCUUUAGAAUAACCCCCACAACCUUAGUAUAAUGAUAUUCUCACAAAAGUCAUCAUAAAACCUUCAGUAUUUACAUAGGCAGAAAUUGAUGAUGAAAUUAGAUAAAAGAGAUUAAAUGAUGAAUCGUUGAAAUAUAGAAUGCAGAAAAGAAAAGACAUUGAUGUUUAUGGAAAAGAAAGAAAGGAUAAAAAACUUGUUCCCUGUCUAUUAAAGACUAAUCCAAAGUUAGAACUUAAUCAAAAAUAUAUUUUAACUGAUGCAACUACAGAUAAUCGUGUCAAAAUAAGUUCCAUGGCUACUAGAGUAUAUCAAUAGGCUGCUCCUGUCAAUCAAAUAAGAAAUGAAGGCAUGCAUUAAACCAUAAUUAGAACUCUGGAUAAGAAGAACAAUUUGGAUGAACUCAUAGAUAAAAAGAAUCUGAUGGUCACUGGAGACAUAAAUGAUAGACUCAAGAAAGACCUCUUGAUAUAUCCUGUUUCUGUUUAAUUUGGAGAACUUAGAUAAAAUGGAAGAUAUGAAUACAAAAUCAAUGUAAAAAAUGAGGACAUCAUGACCCAAAGAAUUGUCCUAAAAUAACCUUAAAACAGCAACAUAAAAGUACUGAUGAAAAUAAUGGGACCGAUUUCUUUGGGAUUAGUGAGGGAAGUCUUCAUCCAGGUAUCAGCUGAUAAGGUUGGCCAAUUUUCUGAUGAGUUCUAAAUCUUGUCUAAACAUUCAAUUUAUACAAUUCCUUUCAAUGGUAAUGUGCUAGAGUAAAAUAUCUUUGACAAACUUAACACUGAACAAAUUAAACUAUCUAGCAAACCAUUGUUGAAGAAAAAUGUCAAAGAUUUGCUUUAGUAAUUUAAAUAACAAGAUAUUAUCGGAGAUAGUUAAGAUUCUGAUUUGCUCCCCAAAAUUAAUUAUGAUAAAAAUUAUAAAAUUGAUCCAUUUCAAAAUCAAAAGAAAGAAGAUUAAUCAUAUGAUGAUGAAAAUUGA